AUGUGUUAUAUUACGCCAGUGACAAUAAUCGGCACUUGGCACGCCUUCCAACUCCUCGGCAACUCGAAAAGCCACAUGAGCGAGGUGACCCGGGACAUCCAUCGGCGAUAUUUUAGGAUUUUAUUUAUUGGGAUGACAGUACCGAUACUCUCCCUUGGCGUGCCUUAUCUUGGGCUGGAGUUUAGUCUAUGUUUUAAUUUUCGGUUUCCACAGGCUCUUAUCAACCUUGCCAUUGGAUGCCACGCGGCCCACACAACCGUUGCGUCAAUUAGCAUUAUGAUGCUCACCCCGUCUUACCGUAAUGUCUUCCUACGAUGUUUUAAGCGGAGAAAUCGCUACAUCUCGCCACUUGUCGCAAACAACAUACGACCCGUCAUCCCGUCGGCAAUUACA